AUGCUCUACGCCUUGUCAGCCGACGAAAAACUCAGUCGACGGGCUGUGGAUGGAUCCAUGAACAGCUGGACAACUGCAUUUGAUCAAGGAUUCACGAGCUUUGCAAUUCAACGGGCUGCGUACACGCUGUACUCCCUGGCCAUUCCCGCCAGUUCUGCAGGCUGGUGCAUAGAGGAGAUGCGUUUCUUUGAUCCCACAGGUGGCCUCCUCUCUCCACUUCGUGGCACUGGAGCACGCAGCUUCAGGCGUCCAACGUUGUGCGGGAAUUCUCGAGGGGCUUUGCAGUAUCAGUUCACGGAGCCAACAGUGGUGGACACGUACUAUCUUCAGGGUGGCAAGACUUCCACUGGCACCAUGGAAGUGGACUGGGUUUUGCAAGGAAGUCUCGAUGGUUCUAAAUGGAUCAGUCUGGAUGAGCAGAAUGACAUGCCGGCCAGUGGGGACAUGAAGGGCUUCAAAGUCUUGAACUUCGGAUUUCGCCGUCGCAGGUCUGCGAUCAAUCAGAUGCCGAAGAGCAACAGAACUUGUGAAACCUUGCCCAGAGGACUAUAUUGUCAGAAGCGAAGCAUGGUGGCAUAUGUGACGAUGUACAGCAAACAGGACAUCGAUGCGACCCGAGCACGUGCCCAGUGGAUUGCGCCUACAACGACUGGUCUAUGUGGACAAGCUGCCCAGUAA